AUGUCUUCUGAAGAUACAGUUGAAAACAUUGAAUUUUUUGAGUUUUCUAUAAGCAGUGCUUCUGUAGUUAUAUAUGAAAGUAAUGAAGAAGAAUUAGUUUUAGAUACACAUGAAAGUAAUGAGGAAGAGUUGGCUGUAGGUACACUUGAGAAUAAUGAUAGAGAGUUAGUAGAUACACCAUUUAUUGAUAACGUAUUAGGUUCUGAAUUUGAAAACUAUAAUGGUGAUUUGCUAUUAAUUACUGCUUCUAUUGAGCUUGAAGUUGGCACUCGGUUUAUCUCUAUGCAUAUUGCAGUUCACUAUAUGGAACAAUAUUCUUUUCAAAAUCAUUUUUCUGUUUAUAAGUAUAAAUGUGAGAUAUUCACAGAUAGUACUAUUAGAAAAAGAGUAAUGAAGUGUGAUAGGGGAGGAAGAUAUAAUAAGCGGCUUUCAAGACCAAUACUGGGCAAGCAAAAAAAGCAAAAAAAUAAAGGAAGCAAAAAACAAGGAUGUAUAUGGCAGAUAAAUAUAACACGAAUACCAAAUUCUCCAAUAGUAAUAGUAAUGUUGUUUAAUAAUGAGCACAAUCAUCAAAUCAAUGUUGAAACUAUGAAGUUCGCUACUGCAUAUAAGAGUUUUACUCAAGAGAUCAUAGAACAAAUUAAAUAUUAUGUUGUAUAUGGUCGAUGUGAUGCAACAAUGAUUAGAAAUCUUCUUCAACCAAAGUAUCCAGAUCGUGUUUUCCUUACUCAAGAUCUUGGAAAUGCUAUACAAAAAAUCAAAAAAGAAAGGUGGAUCAAUUUAAGUGAUGCAGGAUCUCUAUUGACAAAACUUCUAGAGUUUCAGGCUAAUGAUCCUGCUCUUUUUAUGUUGAUUGAUAAUCAGAAUAAGAGUAGAUUAGCAGCACAGGCAUUUAUACAAGACGAAAGGCAGAAAUCGUAUGAAUGGUUGCUUCAAUAUUGUUUGGAGGCAUGUGAAAUUGCACCAUUAACAUUUGUUAUAGACGCAGACCCAGCAAUGAUUGCAGCUAUCUCUAUUGUGUUUCCUAAAACUCACCAUAUGCAAUACUUAUAUCACCUUUAUCAAAAUCUUAAAAAGAAUCUUCGUUCAUAUUUGGAUCGAAAACAUACUUGGGUAAAGUGUUUUACGUCUCGUCGUUUUACAGCAGAAACGCAAUCUACACAAUGCGUAGAAUCUGAAAAUUCACUAGUUCAAAAAGCAGUACAAUUAAGUUUUUCUCUCUUGGAUGUUCAAGAAGUUCUGGAAAACAGACUUGAAUUCGAUGUAAUCAAUAAGUAUCUUACUAGACCAAUUUAUGAUGCAUAUUAUAAACAAAUGUGUCAAUCUGUAUGCUAUUACGCAUGUCAAGUACCAAUAUCAAAAGCUUUGUUAUCUGACGAUGAUUCAGUUGAGCCAUUUUUUGAACAAGAGCCCAGUGAUGAUCUUGAAAUUCCAGUUGAAGCAGAUGAGGAUCGAGAACUUAACUUACAUAAUAUAAAGAGCAAUAUAAGGGCAAAUACAAGUGAUGAUGUAAAUGAUAAUAUAAGCGAUGAUGUAAGUGAUAAUAUAAGUGACAAUAUAAAUGAUAGUGUUAGUAAUAGCACAAGCAAGUGUAAGCAAGAAUACAAUUAA